AUGGGUGAGUUGUACGAGCGAACCGUACGGCGCGAAGGAAUGUUGAAAAAGCUUAAAAUCAAUAUUGUGAGCGUUUGGGAAUGUGAAUAUGACAGUCGCAUUAAAAACGACGCUAAUUUUGCUACUGCUAUAAAGAACAUACGGAUUGUUGAACCGCUUGACCCGAGAAAAGCAUUGUUCGGAGGACGAGUAAAUGCCCUAGUGUUAGACUAUAAGGUCAAGCCUGGAGAGAAGAUAAUGUACUUGGAUGUUGUAUCCGAAUAUCCAUAUGUCAAUAAAAACAAGCGCUAUCCGGUUGGCAAGCAUAAAAGAAUUACUAAUAAUUUUAAAACCUUGGAUAACUAUUUCGGAAUUAUGCAUUGCAAAAUAUUACCGCCUCGCAACCUGAUGAUACCGAUAUUACCGGCGCAUUUCGAUAAACUGAUUUUCACGUUAUGCCGCACCUGCGCUGAAGAAAAGAAUCAGCAAGUUUGCACGCACGAGGAUCCGGAGCAAAGAGCUCUGACGGGGACUUGGUGCACACUAGAACUACAAGAAGCCGUGAAAAAUGGUUAUGAACUAAUGGAAAUUCACGAAGUAUGGCACUAUCCCGACAGCAGAGAGCGCUUUUUUGCUGAUUAUAUUGAUUUGUUCCUGGCGCUUAAAGUGCAAGCUUCUGGCUGGCCGGCUGAUAUUAAAACUCCAGAGCAGCAAGAUGCGUUUCUGGACCACUUUUUCCAAACGGAAGGCAUCCGGUUGGACGGUUCCAAAAUAAGCUGGAAUCCGGGACUGCGGCAGCUCGCUAAGUUGUGCCUGAACAGCUUUUGGGGCCGGCUGGGAAUGAGAAAUAACCUUCUCAGCACAGUUUUCGUGAACACUGUGAAGGAUUUUCUGCACUAUUUAACGUCUUCAGAAUCUGAAAUCCAUGAUUAUGACGUAUUUUCGGAUGACGUUGUACAAAUAAUGUACACGAGGAAGGAUGCUAUGGUUCCGACUAACCCGAAAACGAACGUGGUUCUAGCAGCGUAA